AUUCAUUUAUAAUUUAUUAAUUUAUUUAUUUCAUACAUAUAUUCUGAUAUAUGUGUGUGAAGGCAAGUCAAUAAAAUUGUUGUGAUAUUACGAUUUUGUUUAGUGAUAGUUCCAAUCGCGAACCUUUAGGGCAAAAGACACAGCUUUUGCACAAUGCCAGCCAGAAGACAUUAAAGCCGCUUAAGAUAAAAUAGCGCAAAAAAAAAAAAAAAAAAGAAAAAAAAAACCUUAAUCGAUAUCUAACGGCCCACAUAUAUAUAGAAUUAUAUAUAUAGUUUGGUUUUAGUUUCAAUUGUAGUUAAACUUAAUGCAUUUCCAUUGCGCAACUGCAAAUACUCACAGCAGCAAUACAAAUAAUUUUGCGCACGCUUAAAGCCCGAGCAAUACAAACACACACACACACACACAGAGAGACACAUACACACAUACACGCUCACAUACAAAUGCAAAAAUGUCGCUACCUAACGAACAUCAGGCAACGCACGUGCAACACAAUCAAAACACAACACCAACACCAACUACACCAACAACAGGCAAUACAGACUCUAGCACAGACAACAACCACACAGCAUCACCCACUGUGCCCAAUGAGCUGAAGCAGAGACAGAAACCAAUGCUCUCGCCGCUGAAUGUGCGGCGGCUAUCCUCGUAUGCGGCGCACAAUGUGGCCGCUGAGUUUGGUGACGAUGAGGGCGUGGCGCCGGCGCCGCCGCUAUCCACAACCAUCAAUAUGAAUGCGCUUAGCAAUAACAACAACAACAACACCAACAACUACAACAACAACAAUAACAACAACAACAACAACACAUCAUCAACAACGUCCUCAUCAUAUGCCACGCCCCCAACAUACCAACCGCAAUUGUCGACAAUGACAACAACAACGCCGCUCGAUUCGGUUAACGAUGAUAAAUAUAAAUUAUUUACCAUCUACAAUGGAAACGACCCCGACAAUGAGAAGUUGUCCGGCCUUCCACAUUCAACAACUGGUUCACUAAGCUCAAUCAUCACGACGUCCAUAGCAUCCUCCGAACCGGAUCCAGGUGCGGCGGGCGGCGGCGGCAGCGGCGGUGGAGCUGGAGGUGGCGGCGGCGGCGGCGGAGGCAUUGGCUCUGCUGUCCUAGCCGCAGACGCAUCCAGCAUUGCCGGCAUCAAUGGCAGCUCCGAGGAGAAGUUGGCCCUCAAUCGGCCCGGCAUCAAGCAAGAGAAAUGGACAACCAUACUGCUGCAGGUUUCCAUACCGUUCUUCCUGGCCGGCAUCGGCACCAUCGGAGCGGGCAUUGUACUGGGACGCGUCGAGAAAUGGUAUGUCUUCAAGAACGUCAGCGAGCUGUUUAUCUUGGUGCCGGCGCUGCUUGGCCUGAAGGGCAAUCUGGACAUGUGCCUCGCCUCGCGUCUCUCCACGCAGGUGAAUCUGGGCAACAUGACGGCCCGGGCGGACUGGGUGCGCCUUAUUGUGGGGAACAUAGCGCUCGUGCAGGUCCAGGCAACAGUCGCCUCCUUUCUGGUGGCCAUGUUUGCGACCAGUGUGGGCGCGGCGAUGACGGGCAACUUCUACUUUGAGAAUGUGAUGCUGCUGACCGCCUCGGCCAUGUUUACGGCCACCUCAUCGUGCUUUGUGCUGGACUUUGUGCUUGUCGCUGUGAUUCUGUUCUCCCAAAAGUAUCAUCUGAAUCCGGACAAUCUGGCUACGCCGCUGGCCGCCUCCAUCGGCGAUGUUGUCUCCAUCAGUCUGCUGUCGUUCAUUGCCUCGCUGCUCUAUGAGAAUAUAAAGACCCAUCUCUGGAUCACUUUCAUUGUGGUUACCUGUUACCUGGUGCUGCUGCCCAUGUGGGUUGUCAUCGUGCUGAAGAACGAGUACACGCGGCCGGUGCUAAAGAGCGGUUGGGUUCCAGUGCUCUCAGCGCUCUGCAUCAGCGGACUCGGCGGUCUCGUGCUGGAUGCUGCUGUGGAGGUGUUCAAUGGAUUUGUGGUCUUUCAGCCAAUUAUUAAUGGUAUUGGCGGCAAUCUGGUGUCCGUGCAGGCUAGCAAAAUAUCAACGAUGUUGCAUCAAAGUUCAAUUAUUGGCAUAAUACCACCGCACACGAAAAUUGUCGAAUGGCCCUGGCGAGCGCUGUUCAAGGGCGUGCCCUAUGCCAAAACGGCUCGCAUUCUCAUUGCCAUGUCCAUACCUGGCAAUAUAUUGUUCAUCUUUGCGGCCGAUUAUAUAAACAUGAGCGCGACAACUGUGACGUGGGUGUUUGUGCUCUCCUAUCUGGUUGCCAGUUUGCUUCAGGUAAUGUUGCUGUUGUAUAUUGCGCACAUCAUUGUGCAUGCGAUGUGGAAGUGGAAGAUCGAUCCGGAUAACUCGGCUAUUCCCUAUCUGACGGCGCUGGGCGAUCUGUUGGGUAGCAGUUUGUUGGCUGUGGCUUGGCUCUUUACGAUGUCUGUGAACAAACAAUACGGCUCCAAUUUGGAUACACUGAAUGCGCCCAACUAGCGGCACACACACACACACACACAUACACACCCAACAAAACACAACACACACCACCCAACGCACACACAAAAGUAAAAGCCUAUAUAAUUUAGCUGUGGGGGCGUAGCAUCGUUUUCGAUUAGCUCGCCCAGUUUCUUAGUUAGCACGCAAUAAGAUAAUGCAAAUUCAAAACGAUACGAAAUUGCAGCAACAUAAUACAAAGAACUGUAAUGUACCUAAAUUUUAACAUAGAAACUGAAACCGUAUAUAUGUACAUGUGUGUAUGUAUGUAUACACAAAAAUAGACACCAAAUCCACACACACACAUAUGAAAAACGAAAAAAGAAAAUGUAAGCACAUCACACGACUACAUCAGAGAAAAAGAGAAAGAAAAAAAAACAAAACAAAUAGACAAACCCCUAUGAAAAUAUUAAAAAAAAAAAUAUUUCGAAUGUUUAAACUGUGGAUGAGUCCCUUCAUUAAAUUUUUUGUUGUUUUUGUUUUUCGUUUUCUUUUUUUUUUGUGUAGCUUUCACAUGGCUUUUGCUUGCGUUCCUUUGCUCUACCAAGAUAUUAUGUACCGAGUAUAUUGUAAAUUUUUUGAAGAUGUGUCCAGUGCUUGGCUUGGUUAGGCAUUGGACACGAUGCUGCGUAAUAUUUUUUAAGGCUUUUAGGACAAUAUUAUACAUAUACAAAUAAGCUCCUCCCAGACUCCCAGUGUAGUUAAAGUGCAUACAAUGUGUAAAACUUGAAACCAAACAAUAUAGAAUAGAAUUUUCACAAUUGUUGUUUGUGUUCGGAUGGUGCGCAAAGUUUCUUUAAGCAUCUAAAAAAACUAUAUUUAAACAAAAUGUACACUAAAAUAGUCUUAACAAAUAUGGCCUACUUAAUUUUUAUAUAUUACAAUUUAUAGUAUUAGCGCAGAUUUGAUUUUGCAAAUCUGGCUUUAUGUUUUAAACAUUUUUUUUUUGCCCCCUAAUAUAAGCAACGAUUUUUUUUUUUUGCUGUGCGCACCUCUUAAUAGCAACGAUAAACCAUAUUUAUUAUUUCCCCUGUUGAAAAGAAUAAAUGUAAAAAGUUUUUUUUUUUUUUUUUUUUUUAUAUAUAAAAUAAUUUAAGUUGAGCAUAUUUGUGUGUUUAUAUGUAUUCAACAAUGUAAACUUAUAAUGUAUCUAAUUAUUAUAUUGUUUGUGCGUUAUAUGAAGCGAACAGGGAAAGAUGAGACGUUCUGCAAGGAAAUGUGAUCGAUAUUUAAUUAUAAUAUAAUAAUAAUAAUUAAAAAUUAAUGUAAUUCAUAAAAAUAGCAUGAUUAUUGUGUAACAAAUGAAACAAUAAUUACAAUUAUUUAAUAUGUUGGAAUAAACGAAAGAAGUUCAUAAACAUAAAA